AUGGCACCUCCAAAAGGAUAUGUGAAGGCCAAAAGGGAUGAAGUGUGUUUACUAAAAAGGAGUCUAUAUGAGCUGAAGCAAGCUAGUAGACAAUGGAACAUUGAGUUUUCUGACAAACUCACUUCUUAUGGUUUUACUCAAUCUUCACAUGAUCACUGCUUGUUCUUUAAAGGAUCAGGUGCAAAUUUGCUCAUUCUACUCAUUUAUGUAGAUGAUGUGCUUAUAACUGGUGGUUCCCUCAUAGCCAUACAACACCUGAAAGCUUAUCUUGAUGCACUCUUCACCAUUAAAGAUCUGGGACAAGCAAAAUACUUCCUGGGAUUGGAAAUACACAAAACAGCUGAUGGCACAUUUCUCAGUCAAAGGAAAUAUAUCCUUGACAUAGUUGCUGAUUUGGGAUUAACAGACAGCAAAGCAGUUGUUACACCCUUACCACAAGGAAUUAAUCUCUCCUCUUUAGAGUCUGAGCCCUUUAAUCAACCUGAGAGUUACAGGAGACUUGUGGGAAGAUUACUAUAUCUAAACCUUUCAAGAGCUGACCUCUCUUAUGCUAUUCAACAGUUAAGUCAGUUCAUACAGGCACCAUCACAGUCUCAUUGGAAUGCUGCCAUCCAUUUGGUGAAAUAUCUCAAUGGCACACCUGACUUAGGAUUAUACUACACUGCUACUCCAUCACUAGUUUUAGAGGCUUUUUCAGACGCAGACUGGGGCAGAUGCACUCUCACUAGAAAGUCCCUCACUGGCUACUGCAUUUUCUUGGGACAAGCUCUUAUCUCCUGGAAAACUAAGAAACAAAAGACGGUGUCUCGUUCCUCAGCCGAGGCAGAAUAUAGGUCAAUGGCAAGUACGGUUUGCGAGCUGCAGUGGCUCUCUUUUCUGGCCCGGGAUUUAUCUAUUCACAUUGUUACUCCCAUUUCUCUUUGGUGUGACAAUCAUGCGGCUUUACAUAUUACGGCUAAUCCGGUCUUCCACGAGCGCACGAAGCAUCUUGACAUUGAUUGCCAUGUGGUUCGCAACAAAUACAAAGAAGGGUUCAUAUCUCCCAAGUAUGUCAUGUCUUCACUUCAGCCGGCAGAUAUCUUCACCAAAUCUUUGGUCGUGCUGAUUUUCAGAGGUUCAUCUUCAAGCUAG